AUGCGAGGGCCGUUCUCAAAGUUCCUACACCGUUCCAUUUAUGACUGUAGUAUGAUGCGAGGACCGUUCACAAAGUUCCUACGCUUUUCCCUUAAUGACUGUAGUGUGAUGGGAAGGCCGUUCACAAAGUUCCUACACCUUUCCCCUCAUGACUGUAAUGUGAUGCGAGGGCCGUUCACAAAGUUCCUACACCUUUCCCCUCAUGACUGUAGUGUGAUGCGAGGGCCGUUCAAAAAGUUCCUACAUCUUUCCCCUUAUGACUGUAAUUUGAUUUUGACGCGAGGGCCGUUCACAAAAUUCCUACACCUUUCCCUUGAUGACUGUAGUGUGACGCGAGGGCCGUUCACAAAAUUCCUACACCUUUUCCCUAAUGACUGUAGUGUGACGCGAGGGCCGUUCACAAAAUUCCUACACCUUUCCCUUGAUGACUGUAGUGUGACGCGAGGGCCGUUCACAAAAUUCCUACACAUUUCCCUUGAUGACUGUAGUGUGACGCGAGGGCCGUUCACAAAAUUCCUACACCUUUCCCCUAAUGACUGUAGUUUGACGCGAGGGCCGUUCACAAAAUUCCUACACCUUUCCCUUGAUGACUGUAGUGUGACGCGAGGGCCGUUCACAAAAUUCCUACACCUUUCCCUUGAUGACUGUAGUGUGACGCGAGGGCCGUUCACAAAAUUCCUACACCUUUCCCCUCAUGACUGUAGUGUGAUGCGAGGGCCGUUCAAAAAGUUCCUACAUCUUUCCCCUUAUGACUGUAAUUUGAUGUGA